AUGAAUAGUUCAGAAUUAUAACUGAGAAACUCUUAAAUUUAUGAGUCUUCUUUAAAUUUAUCAGUGAUUCAUAAAGAUGAAAAAAUCAACUUAAAUGAAGAGGGCGAACUAAUGAGCGAAGAAGACUUGACAAAGAACAAAGUUAAAAAAGCAAUUAUAGAAACAAUGUUAUAAAAUUCAAAAAAACUUCUUAAUACACAAGCAAAUGAUGAAGUUAAAUAGUAAAUGGGAUUAAUAGAAUAAAGAGUAUACUGGAGAGCAACUUAGGAUUCAAAUAUUUACUUCCAUAAUUUAUUUCAAUAGCUUAAGCAGAAUCAUCCUAAUAUGCCAGAAGUUUAGUAAAAAAUCAAUGACCUUAACAGUAAAAUUAUAAAAAAAAUAAAAGAAGGAGGCAUUAAAAUUUAAAAAAAGAAUCAAAUUUUGAAUAAAACGGAACUGUAUGUUUUAGAGAGUUCAUUUUAUAAAAGGAGAUUAAGCAACUAGAAGCUUUCUUUAGAACAUAAAAUUGACAAUUUAGAUAAUCACAUUGACUAUCUUAAGUCUUUAAGAUAGCCAAAUGGCUAGUUAGAUAAAUCUCUUACAACUAGAGCUCUAUACAGGAGUGUUCACGAAUUUAAUCCUGAAGAAUUCGCUUUACAAUCUGAAAAAACGCAAACUGCAAAAUAAUUCCUAAAGAAAAUUAAAAAAGAGUAAGAAAAUGCUAAAACUUAGUUGGAAGAAAUGAAAAAGAAGGAAGAAGAAAAAAAAAAGAAACAAGAAGAGAAGUAAGAGUUAGAAAAAUUAAAUGAAAAAAAAAAGAAGCAUGAGGAGUUAAUAAAUUCUUUGUAGUAGUAAAAGGAGAACUAAAAAACUAGACAGGAAUUUAUUACAAAAAAUUAAGAAGAAUUUAAACAAUUUUAUAAAAAUUAUAAAACUAAGAAACCCCUCUACGAAAUAAUGGAAGAAUCAUAUAAACAGAAAGCAGAAAUAGAAGUUUAGCAAGAAAAGCUUACUAAAUUAAGAGAGUUAUACAGACCUCAUCGUUUGGAAGACUUCGAGGAACAUUAUAGAAGAUAUAAAGAGUUCAAAUAAUCAGAAGUAGAUAGACUAUCAUUAAAAAAAAGUGCAUAUAAAUCAACUAUGAGCUUGCAUAGUAAUUCUUCAAUGUGGAGAGGUAGAAUACAUGAAAUUUUAGAGGAAGAAAUGAAAAAUCAAUUAAGGUAGAGUGCCUCAGAAGAUAAAAAAAUUAGAAUGGACAGAUAAAAGUAGUAUGCAAGCAUGGUAAAAUAAAAUCAUGUUCCAAAAAAAGAUGAAGAAAAAAAUGAAGAAAUUAUAAAGAGAAUAACAAACUUAAAUUAACCAAAAAAUCUUAUUUAAUUAUAAAUAUAAAAAUAAGAAAUAUAAACUGAACCAAAUGCAUAUAGGAUAGGAAAGGAUUACUUUGAGUUUGCUAAAAAAUAUAACAGGGAUCAUAAAAAGUAAGAGGACGAAAAGGCUAAAGAAUAAAAAUUAUAGCAAUAAUCAGACGAUACUAAUGUAAAGGCAAGUUAAUAAAAGGCAUUUUAUAAAAAUUAUAUGAAAGAAGAAAGAGUUAAAUAGGUUUUAAAGAAAGAAGAUCCUAACAAAAAUUGGGAUUAGUAAGUUUAGCGCUUGCAAGGUACUGAAAAAGUAGAAAAAGUAUUAAUGGCAGCUCAAAUGCUAGAUGUCUAAGCUCGUCGUAAAGAAUAAAUACUAAAGUACAAUAAAACUAAUGAUUCUUCUGUAGCAGAAGACUUAGAUGAUUGUUAUUUUAGUUCAAUUAAAGCUAAAAUUGCUUUACUUAAAGACUUUCAUUAAAUAACAAAAUGA